UUUUUGCAGGUAUGGCAGUGUCACGGUGCUUUGCUCGAUGCCCCGUGUUCUCGAGUUGGACAUAUUUACCGUUGCAAGUACAUUCCAUUUCCCAAUCCUGGCGUUGGAGAUUUCAUUUCAAGAAAUUAUAGGAGGGUUGCCGAGGUGUGGAUGGACGAAUAUGCUGAAUUUUUAUACAAACGAAAGCCAUUGUUACGUACUGCAAAUGUUGGAAGCCUUAGCAAACAAAAAGCAGUGAGGCAAAGGCUCAAUUGUAAGUCGUUUGAUUGGUUCAUGAAGGAGAUUGCUUUUGAUCAGAACAAGUUUUAUCCGGCUAUUGAACCGGAAGAUAGCGCUUCAGGCGAGCUUCGAAAUAUCGCCGCAAACUUGUGUGUAGAUACGCAAUUUCAAGGUGCACACGAGAAAUUCGGUUUGCGGAAAUGUAUUAGCGACGAUCCAGUUGAUGGUGGAGAACAGACUUUGCGGCUUACGUUCUGGCAUGAUAUUCGGCCGAAAGGACGCACGAUGUGUUUGGAUGUUUCGACCUCUGUGAAUCAGGCGCCCAUUAUUUUGUAUAGUUGCCAUGGUAUGAAAGGUAAUCAACAUUUCAAGUUUCUGCCGGACACAAAACAACUAUUCCAUCCGAUCAGUGCUUUGUGUAUGGACUGUGAUGCCGAGCGUGGUGAGAUCUUCAUGAAUCCAUGUGAUUCAGAAAAAAAGACUCAGAAAUGGUCAUGGACGAAAACUAAUUUAAAAUUAAUCUUGGAGCGCAAUAAAGAAACAUAA